AUGACAUUGCCAAGGAAACAGCUAGGGAUCCUCUCUUUUCACGCCUAUACUGGUAUAUUCUGGAAGGAUGACCUCCGUGUAUCUCCGGAUGCUGAACCGUUUGCUGCCCGACAAACUGAACUCACAGUGCUUAGCGACUGUAUUGUCUGGGGGAUGCGAACGGUGAUACCGAAGAAGUUCAGGUCUAAGGUCCUAGAUGUCUUGCAUUCCGGUCACACCGGCCAGACGAAGGUGAAGAUGCUUGCCCGGUCUUACGUGUGGUGGCCGAAGAUAGACAAGGACAUUGAGACCUUAUGCCGUAGUUGUGAAGAAUGUGCAGAGUUCAGUGAACAAAAGCGGCCUGUUCCUCUCCACCAAUGGGAGCCUCCAGCUGGACAAUGGGUUCGCGUUCAUUGUGACUUCGCUGAAUUCAAACAUCAGCAUUUCCUCAUCACUAUCGACGCCUACAGCAAAUGGCCUGAGGUGGCGUACAUGCCGACAACUUCUGCCUCCGCCACCACGACAUCGCUGCAAGACACCUUCGUCUGCCAAGGGUUUCCUGAGCAGCUGGUUACAGAUAAUGGACCCCAAUUCACCAGCCAGACCUUCAAGGACUUUGUAACAAAGCAUGGCAUUCAACACGUCCUUACACCGCCUUACCACCCAAAGUCAAACGGACAAGCAGAAAACUUCGUCCGCACGUUUACGUCCGCCUUGCGGAGGGGAGGAACAACCAAGGACGGAAUUCAAAAGUUCCUGACGGAGUACCGCGUCACCCCACAUGCAACGACAGGCAAAUCUCCAUCUAUGCUCCUCAUGGGAAGACAAAUCAGAACGGCUAUUGACAUCUUGCGACCCACCUUAGACACACAUCGCCUACAUGCUGCGACCAACCAGAAACGGAAUUACGACCGGAGUGUGCAGGACAGACUUUUUGAGGUUGGCCAACAAGUUUGGGCUGCUGAUCCGAUGGACAGGCGACGCUGGGUUAAGGGAUCCAUAACCGGUAAAGUGGGCACGGUCAUCUACGAGGUCCAAUUCGCUGGUGGCCGGCGACGCAGAGUUCAUGCCGACCACUUGAAGACUCGCCUGACAGCCGAUAGCUCCGAACCGUCACAGACCCUUCCCUGGCCGGAGCCAGAGACGUCAUUGGCACCAGCCCAACCUACACAAGUGCACGGCGACUCUCCCAGACCACCACCGGCACGCUAUCCCAAAGGAGACCGGAGAGAUCCGUCCCGCUACGUUCCGUCUUGA